AUUUUGUCUCUGUCACUCUCGUCAGCGGCGCGGUUUGGGUGUUAUUGAAGGAGGGGGGGGCGGGCGGAGGCGGCGGCGGCGGGAAGGAAAGAAAGCGCUGGAGGCCGCGGCGGAGAGGCCGGACUUGACGAGCGGGGCAUCAUGAUUUCGGCCGCCCAGCUUCUGGACGAGCUUAUGGGCCGGGACAGGAACCUGGCCCCGGAUGAAAAGCGCAGCAACGUGCGGUGGGACCACGAUAGCGUUUGUAAAUAUUACCUUUGUGGGUUUUGUCCAGCUGAAUUAUUCACAAAUACCCGUUCUGACUUAGGUCCUUGUGAGAAAAUUCAUGAUGAAAACCUCAGAAAACAGUAUGAGAAGAGUUCUCGAUUCAUGAAAGUAGGCUAUGAAAGAGACUUCCUUCGGUAUUUACAGAGCUUGCUUGCAGAGGUGGAACGCCGAAUUCGAAGAGGUCAUGCACGUUUAGCAUUGUCUCAGACUCAACAGGCUUCAGGUCAAGCAGCAGGACCUACUGGUAAAAAUGAAGAGAAGAUUCAAGUAUUAACUGACAAGAUUGAUGUACUUCUACAACAGAUUGAAGAACUAGGUUCUGAAGGAAAGGUGGAAGAGGCUCAAGGCAUGAUGAAACUUGUUGAACAGUUAAAAGAGGAAAGAGAGUUGCUAAGAUCUACAACUUCGACAAUUGAGAGCUUUGCAGCUCAGGAAAAGCAGAUGGAAGUUUGUGAAGUCUGUGGAGCAUUUUUAAUCGUAGGAGAUGCACAAUCCAGGGUAGAUGAUCACUUGAUGGGAAAACAGCAUAUGGGUUACGCAAAAAUUAAAGCUACAGUGGAAGAACUAAAAGAAAAAUUAAGAAAGAGAACUGAAGAGCCUGAGCGUGAUGAUCGGUUAAAAAAAGAGAAACUAGAACGUGAAGAGCGAGAGAGGGAACGUGAAAGGGAAGAAAGGGAAAGAAAGCGACGGCGUGAAGAAGAAGAAAAAGAAAAAGAGAGGGCUCGUGAUAGAGAGAGACGAAAGAGGAGUCGUUCACGAAGCAGACAUUCAAGCAGAACUUCUGACAGGAGGGGUAGUCGGUCAAGGGACCAUAAAAGAUCAAGAAGCAAGGACAGAAGACGAAGCAGGAGUCGAGAUCGACGCAGAAGCAGAAGCCAUGAUAGGUCAGACAGAAAACAUAGAUCACGUAGCAGGGACAAAAGGCGGUCAAAGAGUCGGGAUCGGAAAUCUUACAAGCACAGAAGCAAAAGCAGAGAGCGAGAACAAGACAGGAAAUCUAAGGAAAAAGAAAAGAGGGGAUCUGAUGAUAAAAAAAGUAGUGUGAAGUCCAGUAGUCGGGAAAAACAGAGUGAAGACACAAGCAUGGACUCCAAGGAUGGCGAUGCUAAGAAUGAGGUCAAUGGGACCAGUGAAGACAUUAAAUCUGAAGUGCAGCGUAAGUAUGUACAGAUGAAGAUGGAGCUAAGUCAACAAGUAAGAAGAGGUGCUAAAGCAACUUCUGAAGGAAAACACAGUGUAGUCCUGCAAAAUCUUUUGAGGUACAUUGUUUUGUAUCGGCUAUUUUGUAGCAGACUCAUACCCCCAUUAGUGUGCCUCUUGGGAACAUAUUUGUAAUCUAGUCCCUUAGAAGUUAAUUAUCCUAUUUUUUAUUUUUAGGGGAUUUAUUAUCUUUUUUAACAAUUUGAACUGAUUUUGUAAUUAAGUCCAUAUUGUGUUGGUGCAUCAGAAACAUUUGCUUUAAUACUUAAUAUUAGAGGCACAUGUUGGACUAUUUUGUUUUUAUAUAAACUGCUAGUAUUUCUUUGUCAAGGAUGUUUCUAGUUUUUUUGCUUUGCCUUGCAUUCUAAUGCAGUUUGUUCUGUAACUCGAGAGCCAGUAGCAUUGGAUUGAUGGAAGUGUAGGGUUUAUGAAUAAUUGCAGCUGACUACCAUACCUCACACAGCGUUGGUGUUGUGAGCGGCCCAUGAAAAGCCAAAUUAAAAAUCAAGGAUUCAGUCAAACUAAGCAGGUACUCAUGCCAGGUACUCCUUUCUCUACCCACAUCCAUGUUUGAAUGCUGUUGCCUGUAAUCUUUAAGCUUACUGUUGUGUGUUUUAUUUACGAAAAGGAAUCUUUGUGCAUAUAUUGUGAAACUGUUAACCUGAUAUUAACUUGAUUGGAAUUUUCUUUCAACUGUGUGUAGGGAUGCAGUGCUGCCCAGAAUUAGAUAUCUUUAUUAAAUGCAAUAAAUACUACAUAAUAAUCGCCUUGUAACAUUCAAUGCAUUUCAAGUCUUUAAGAGGUAUGUGUUUAUAAUUUCCUACUGCGUAGGAGAAUUGCCAGGCAGCCAUGGCACACAGCAGCAUAUACUGGCUGAUACCAGACUUGGGAGGCAAAUGAAAAUAAAGGCCAAUGUCAGAAACACCCAAUAGGACAACCACGUGACAAGUCUGCGAAGAAGCCUGAAGACUGCUUAAUACGAAGAUCUGCUUUAAAAUGAGGUGAAAGAAAGCUGUAGUGGCAUAGAAAAAAAAAUUAAAGUUCAGUUAGAUUUUUUUAAAUAAAAAUUAAUUCAGGACUGUUGUGACCUCUCAAAAUGCAGAGAGAAGUUAAUAAGCAAACAUGCUACUGAGAAUUUUAAGUCCUGUUAUCAUUUUUUUCCUAUAAGACUUUUAAGGUGAUAAACCAACAUAACCUGAACACAUGGCUUGCUCAGUGUUUAAUUGCAAGUUUUCAUUCUUGAACUUUGAAACACAAGGAUAAAUGUUUAGUAUUUUGUGUGACUCCAACUAAAAUAAACCCCAUUUUUACAACAAAGCUAUACCUGGCUUCUUGAUAUACCCUAAUGGAAAUACAGUAUCUAUGACUUUCUGUUACACAUUUGAUUGUCAUUGAGUGUUUAAUAUUAAAUAGACUUCUUUCCAAAUAAAUCAAAUGUGUUCAAGUUCAUUCUUGUCUAUCCCCAUGCCCCCACCCCAGAUCAAAAUGAGAGGUUGGGGUAUUUCUCUUAUCAAAAUUUACAUAACCAAUUACUGUCCCAGUAGUUUCCAUAGCUUUUUAAAAAGUGUAAAUAAAGAUAAAGAGGUAACACUGCAA